CAUCAUACAACAGCCGGUAUUCGUCACCCACCCAAUGAUAUAGCCAACUAGGAUCCUUAUAAAACCGCAUUUUUUCCGCUUGAAAUUAGUGCUUACCGACCGGAAACUCGGCAUAUAUAACAGCCACGUAUAGCUCUCAGUCGCUAAUAGUGACUUUAUAGUUUUAUUUUAAAGAUUCAGAUAUGGAAUCUUCGUCACUAACGGCUACGGAUGUCGAUAAGAAACGAGUUGUCGACCUAUGCGUUCGACUUCUCGAGACAUUAAAGCUGGGCGGUGCAGCAGGACGAGAGCAAUUUCUGGCUACUCUUGCCCCAUAUGGAACUGCGUGCCACGCUCGAGCUAUGGUAAACAAAGGCUUUGAACAUGAGCAAUUCCCGCACGGUUUUGCAAACCGCAUGCCGUGGGACUCGAUCGAGGCUGGCGAGCUUGAAGAAGGGCUUGAUGGCACCCCUACAGUGUUAAUUGACCACGACCUUGCUAUGGUUUGGACGCCCUACUGGUUCACGCGCAAUGGUGCUCUCACCCAUCUGGGGACGAAUUGCUUUACUCUUAUUAAAGCGGCCUGGGAUGAAAGCUUGCCGCACAAGGUGGAGUGGAAGAUUUGCGGCCUAACUGACACUGCUCGACCUCCAACAGAGGAAGAUAAGAAACGGCUUGGGAAAGAGUAGAGAGGAUCAGUAAUUCAUGCCUAUUCAAAUGCAUGUAAUUGUGAUAGGCAUGGGCUUCCCAUUUGAAACACACAUUUUCUCAGCUCAGAUAGUUCAAUCCCAUAGUUAUAAUUCCGAGUUGGAGUC